AUGGCAUCCAUGGUAAGUGAAGACUCUUCAUAUUCCUCUCCUUCAAUAGCUACUUUGACUCCACGAACAUGGAACUACGACGUGUUUAUGAGCUUUAGGGGAGAAGAUACUCGUAGAGGUUUCGCUGAUCAUCUCUAUGCUUCGCUUGAAAGAAAAGGAAUCAAAACAUUCAAGGAUGAGAAAGAUCUUGAGAGAGGAGGAGUGAUUUCACGUGAACUUUUGAAAGCAAUUGAAGAGUCUAUGUUUGCUAUUAUUAUCCUUUCACCAAACUAUGCUUUCUCCACUUGGUGUUUGGAUGAGCUACAAAAGAUUGUUGAGUGCUCUGAUAACUUGGGUCUAGUAGUUGUGCCAAUCUUCUACGGUGUAGACCCUUCAGAUGUGAGGCACCAAAGAGGAAGCUUUGCAAAAGCUUUUAGAAAACACGAAGAAAAUUUUCAACAAGACAUCGCCAAAGUUGAAAAAUGGAAGAUUUCCUUAAGACGAGUCACAGGUUAUUCUGGUUGGGACUCUAAGGAUUGGUAUGAGGCAGCACUUGUUGAAAGCAUUACUCAAGACAUACAUAAAAAGCUUAUUCCAAAAUUGCCAUCUUGUAGUACUAACCUUGUUGGAAUUGCUUUAAGGGUGGAGCAAGUGAAGAGGCUCAUAGGUAUGGGGUUGAAUGAUGUCCGCUUUAUUGGCAUAUGGGGCACAAGUGGCAUAGGUAAGACAACAAUUGCUAGAGUAGUCUAUGAAGCAAUCCAAGGUGAUUUUGAAGUUACUUGCUUCCUUGCCAAUGUUAGAGAGCUAUGUGAGGCAAAUGGUUUGGUUCACAUUCAAAAUGAACUUGCUUCUCAUCUAAAUUUAAGUACUAGUGACUUUUGUAACGUGUAUGAUGGGAAGAAGGCACUAAGAGACUCCUUAUGCAACAAAGAGGCUCUUCUUGUUCUUGAUGAUGUAAGUGAUGUAAGUCAAUUAGAGUGUUUGGCUGGAAAUCUAGAUUGGUUUGGUCCAGGAAGUAGAAUAAUAAUCACAACUAGAGAUAUGCAUCUACUAAGGAUACAUGAAGUACACAACACUUAUAAAGUUGGAUGCUUAGUCCAAAAUGAAGCCCUUCACCUCUUUUCCAUGAAGGCCUUUAAACAAGGUCAACCUGAAGAAAGGUAUUUGGAUUUGUCCAAAGAAGUGGUUAAAUAUACUGGAGGUCUUCCAUUGGCACUUGAGGUAUUGGGUUCCUAUCUAUAUGGAAGAACCAUUGAUUUUUGGGAUGAUGCCUUAAAACAUAUAAGAAGUUAUCCCUACCUCAAAAUUGAAGAUACACUAAAAAUAAGUUAUGAGGGUUUGAAUCCCCCAGAGAAAAAUUUGUUUCUAGAUAUUGCUUGUUUUUUCAAAGGAAUGAAUAGAAGUAUAUUAGAACAUUGCGGUCAUUGUCCUAAUAGAGAAAAUAUUGAUGUUUUGAUUGAAAAAUCUUUUGUAACUAUAGAAAAGGGGAGUGAUAAGUUGGAGAUGCACGAUUUGCUUCAAGAACUCGGCAAGAAUAUCGUAUUUCAAGAAUCUCCAAAUGAUCCUGGCAAACGUAGCAGGUUGUGGUCUCAAAGGGACAUUGAUCAUGUGUUUACACAAAAUAAGGGAACUGAAGCUACUCAAGGUAUAAAAUUAAACUUAAUUGAACCACAUGAAGCGCGGUGGAGCACUAAAGCCUUCACAAAGACAAGUCAACUAAAAUUUCUUAAUUUAGAUGAUUUGCAACUUCCUCUGGGCCUGAAUUGCCUUCCUAGUUCACUCGAAGUUCUUGAAUGGAGAGGAUGUUCUUUGAAAACUCUGCCACUUACUGAUGAAAAGUAUGAAUUUUUUAACAUUAAAUUGUCAUAUUCCAAAAUAGUAAAACUUUGGCAUGGAAAUAAGCUAAUGGAAAAGCUAAAGCAUAUGGAUUUGAGAUUUUCCAAGAAUCUGAAGCUGCUAUCUAAUUUUUCUGGGGCUCCAAAUCUUGAAACUUUGGAUCUUGAAGGCUGUACAAACCUUAGUAAGGUUCAUCCAUCCCUAAUACAACACAAGAAACUUGUUCUACUGAAUUUAAAAGACUGCAAAAGUCUCAAAUUUCUUCCAGGUGAAUUGGAGAUGAGUUCCUUGAAGGAGUUAGUUCUAACUGGUUGCUCAAAAUUUGAACUUCUUCCAAAUGUGGGGAAAUGUAUGAAAGUUCUAUCAAAGCUUUCUUUAGCCGGAACAGCUAUAAGAAAAUUACCCAUAUCACUUGGAUUUCUAAUUGGCCUUGAUGUUUUGAACUUAAAGGAUUGCAAAAAACUUGUUUGCCUUCCGGUUACCAUUCGGGAACUGAAAUGCCUCAAAGUCUUGGAUAUUUCUGGAUGCUCAAAGCUCUACAAAUUUCCAAAGGGUUUAGGGGAAAUGAAUUGCUUGAAUGAACUUUUAGCUAGUGGGAUAGUUAUUAAAGUUAAUGAAUCAUCAUUUUCAAUGAAUUCUUGUUAUCUUCAACGGCUAUUUGAUAGUAAACCCAUUCCCAUUGGGCUCAGAUUUCCACCUUCUAUCUUGAAUCUACCAUCAUUAAGUGUUGUGGAUUUAAGCUACUGCAAUUUGUCUGAAGAAUCGAUCCCACAUGAUUUUUGCCUCUUCUCAUCAUUGGUGUUUUUGGAUCUAAGUGGUAAUAAUUUUGUUGACCCACCAAGUUGUAUUCCUACACUUUCAAAGCUAGAAAUUCUUAAGCUAAAUCAUUGUGGAAAGCUUCAAAGGUUGCCAGAACUUCCAUCGAGUAUAAGAGCAUUGGAUGCAAGCAAUUGUCCUUCACUAGAAACUUCCAGAUUCAAUCCAUCCAGUCUCUUUUCAUCGCUUGCACGACAUCCUCCUAAGGAAUUGCUUGUUAGCCGUGCAAGAUUUGAUAUGGUGAUCCCAGGGUGUGAAAUUCCAUCAUGGGUUGUGCAUCAAGAAAAUGGUAGAUAUGUUUCAGUCCCUCGUGAUGAAUGUGCAGGAAUUACUUUGUGCUUCCUAUUAGUAAGUUAUGCGGAUCCAUCUGAGGAGUGCAGUUAUUUAGUUGAAUGUUCAUUGACUGCUUGCACUGCUAAGAAAUACAGUGUAUACAUCAGUGAGAGGAAAUUACCUCCUAUGGAUCUUCCUCACCUUUAUAUUAUCUUUUUGACCCAUGAUCAAUUCAGUGACCAAAUUCUCCAAGACCAUCGCUUUGGACUCACUAAUGUUUCCAGUCUAUCAAAGCAAAUGGAUUUGAACAUAGUGAGAUGUGGGGCCUGUUUGGUAGAUAAGUAGUACUUUUAAGAUGGGACAAACUAGAUUAGCAAAAAAAGAAUGAAGCAACGACUAUGUGCAAUAAAAGUUAUAUUAAUAUAUAUUUGGAUAUGAUGAGGAAUAUGUUGGACAAGUUGAAAGAUGAAGACAGAAACUUGUGUACAAGAAACUUUGGCACUCGUUUGGGUGGUCAACUGGUAAACUUCCAAAGUAUAUGGCUCUUAAGAUUGUACGAUGCAUGUAACUUAGCCUUUGAAAUUUUAAAAAUUUUCCGUUAGUCUCCCGAUUAUUGACUGCUAAGUUCUUUCUAAUUGUACUCUUUCGCUUCUUUUAAUUGAACUACCCUCCAUCUAAUGUACUCUUUUAUACAAAUCUUCUCCACAAAUGCUCAAAU